AAACCGCUUUGCUGACGUUUGCUUGCGACGUGUAGUGGUUUCUUCGAUACGUGGAUUCCGAAAGCAGCAGAAAGUGUUCCUCGAGUGGCCAGCGAGCAGCACAGGUUAUUUGGCGAUUGAAGAGUGAGUUGGAACGGUAGCAAAUCGCAUCCAUCUCUGACCCAGUACAGAGUGUUUUUCGAGCGUUGCGGAAUACUGAUAUUUAGUGCUUCGGUGGAUAAUUUAAUAACCACACAAAUCGAACAAAAUGCCUGCUCCAGCCAGUUCAACGUCCGUGGGAAGCGGAAGCCGAUCCCCCACAAAGCCCACGUCGGCACCCCGAGCCAGCGCCGGAGGUUCCAGCAAUCUGAAGCAACGGAAGACAACUACCACGACCACCGCUGCCCGGAAUCGCACCACCGGAACGGGAUCCGGUGGUAUGUGGCGCUUCUACACCGACGAUUCUCCCGGAAUCAAAGUUGGUCCAGUGCCAGUCCUAGUGAUGUCUCUGCUGUUCAUCGCGUCCGUAUUCAUGCUGCACAUCUGGGGCAAGUACACUCGCUCUUAAGGACGAUGAUUAGUUUUGUAAGACGCGUUCCCUGCUGGUGGAGUUCACUUCACAUCUAGAAUGCAUUCAGUUUACAUUAAUUAUAAUGACUCUUUAACUUUAUUGUGUCUAUGUAUGUUCCCUCCUGUGCACGCUGGGAAGGCAUUUUCCUUAUAUUUUUUCAUAUGCUCAUAUCGUGUAGGAGAAGAUAUUCUUCUUCGGAAAAAAGUUUGAUCGUUCCAUUUGAUUAUGUACUGAAGCGUCGAUUCUAAUGAAAUAAUUUACGAAAUAAUUUAAUUCACAAUAUGGAGAUAUCGUUAUCAUUUGAAAAGGUAUAAUAAUAAAUGAAUAGAUUAUAGAA